GGGCUUAGCAGAGGUGGGGCAUUUCUUAUAGUGUCCUGGCUCUCUGUCCCUACAGGUGUCUGCAGCAGCAGCCUGAGGACAGCCUGCCAACAGCCAGUGUCAUCCUGUGUUUCCAUGAUGAGGCCUGGUCCACCCUGCUGAGAACUGUACAUAGCAUCCUAGACACAGCGCCCAGGGCCUUGCUGAAGGAACUCAUCCUUGUGGAUGACUUUAGCCAGCAAGGGCAACUCAAGUCUGCUCUCAGCGAAUAUGUGGCCAGGCUGGAAGGGGUGAAGUUGCUGAGGAACAGCAACAGGCUGGGAGCCAUCAGAGCCCGGAUGCUGGGGGCCGCCAGGGCCACGGGGGACGUGCUGGUCUUCAUGGAUGCCCACUGUGAGUGCCACCCUGGCUGGCUGGAGCCCCUCCUCAGCAGAAUAGCUGGUGACAGGAGCCGCGUGGUGUCUCCAGUCAUAGAUGUGAUUGACUGGAAGACUUCCCAGUAUCACCCUGCCAAGGAGCCCCAGCACGGGGUGUUGGACUGGAAGCUGGAGUUCCACUGGGAGCCCUUGCCUGAGAGGGAGAAGAAGGUCCGCCAGUCCUCCAUCAGCCCCAUCAGGAGCCCCGUGGCACCUGGCGAGGUGGUGGCCAUGGACAGGCAUUACUUCCAAAACACUGGAGCUUACGACCCUCUCAUGUCGCUUCAAGGUGGUGAAAACCUCGAACUGUCUUUCAAGGCCUGGCUUUGUGGUGGCUCCAUCGAAAUUCUCCCCUGCUCUCGGGUGGGGCACCUCUACCCAAGACAGGAUACCCGUGCACCCCUGGACCAGGAGGCCACCCUGCAGAACAAGGUCCGCAUUGCUGAGACAUGGCUGGGAUCCUUCAAAGAAACCUUUUACAGGCACAGCCCAGAGGCCUUUGCCCUCAGAAAGGCUGUGAAGCCAGACUGCACAGAACGCUUGCAGCUGCAAAGGAGGCUGGGUUGUCGGACAUUCCACUGGUUUCUGGCCAACAUCUACCCUGAGCUGUACCCAUCUGAGCAGAGGCCCAGAUUCUCUGGAAAGCUCCACAACACUGGGCUUGGCUUCUGUGCAGACUGCCAGGUAGAAGGGGACUCCCUGGGCUGCCCUGUGAGACUGGCUCCUUGCAGGGACAGCCGAGAGCAACAGCACUUGGAACUCACCAGCAGGAAGGAGAUCCACUUUGGCAGCUCGCAGCACCUGUGCUUUGAUGUCCAGAGAGAGCAGGUAAUCCUUCAGAACUGCACCGAGCAAGGUCCUGCCAUCCAUCAGCAGCUCUGGGACUUCCAGGACAAUGGAGUCAUUGUCCAUAUUCUUUCUGGGAAAUGCUUGGAAGCUGUGGUUCAGCAAGACAGUAAGGAUUUGUAUUUGUGUCCAUGUGAUGGAAAAGCCAGCCAGUUGUGGCGAUUUGACCAAGUUCACACUGUGGAUGAACGAUGAAUGCCAGUGGCAGAAAGGAAAUGAGAAUUUUGGUCAGCCCCGUUCUGCCCCGAGAGAACUAGAAGAGCAUGUUGUGUAUCAGACACCAUGUCUGUGCGCCUGGUAUAGGAGAGAAGAAGCUCCAUGGAAGAAUACAGAGAAUCCCUACUUCUUACAGUGUCUUUGAGUGACUGCUGGUUUUUUUUUAAGGAAAAAUAAUGGACUCAUUGCCUUUAUCAUGAGAGUUGACCAUCAUGUAGCACAGAAGAUUCUUCAUUUUAUCUGUUGAGCACUUAAUAAUUGCUUUUGUCUCUGAUUAGGGAAAGAGGCCUGGACAUUGUCUGGUGGCACCACCAGGACACAUCAAUCCAAUGGAUCAGUUUCCUUUUCUUUACAUAGCCUUAACUUGAAUUGUCUAUGUGUCCAACCCUGAAAAUGAAACAGUGAAGAGGGUAUAAUGGGGCUGACAGUGUAAAAAUCUUGAAUUAGGUCUGCAAGCACAAAUUUCAUGUUCAUUGGUCUCAAUCCUAGUUCAGGAGGAAGGGAAGGUACAGAAAGGAGCAGGUUAGAGUUGGAGGGAAGCUAGAAGAGAGUGUUGGCCUAACUCUCCAACUAGCCUAGCCCACCAAAAAGACAGCAGAGCUGGGUAAGAUGCUCAUCUUAAGGAGAAUUUCUUCAGAAUUGUCUACCUCCAUUCACUGGCCCCAGCUCUGGUCUAGCUUAAUUAAAUCUUAAGCAGAUUCCCUUGCAAUAGAUUUCUUGUUAGUCCUUGGUUUUGUGAGGAUCACUGUAGACUGAAUGUUCUUAUUUAUGAAGGUGUUUAUACUUGAUAAACUCUCUUGAUGCUCUGUUAUGUCAGUUGGCACUGACUUGACAAGAAAUAACCUGUGCAAAGGGCAAAGCUCCCUGGAAGAGAGAUGCCAGAGU